UUUUAUACUCCGCAUAUGAAGAAUAGUGAAAUUUUAUAUUUUUAAAGAAAAGAAAAUUAACAUGUUGAAAAUUAUUUAUCUGAGUUUUAUAGUUUUUCUAACCACUACUGAAGGAGUUGAAUUAAAAGCAACGAGAAUUUACCUAUACAUUAAUCCAAAUAAGACAGAAAACAAUUUUUUCCAAUCACCGUUUAAUGUCACUUUGGGAUCAGAAGAUGUUAACGUUGAAUGGAUAAGGGAAGUAAACGUCAAUGGUAGCAAUAGAGAUUUUACACUUCGAUUGUACAUUGAUUACAUUGGAAAGUAUCCAGGUGUAGAUGCACCUACUAGAACUUGUGUGAAACCAUCAGGCACUAGUUAUGGACAUUUGACACAAACACUCUUUCAACUAAUGCUCACAGGUGAUAAAAUUCCAGAGAGAUGUCCCGUGGGAAAACAGAGUCCAACAAGAAGUCCGGGGAAAAUUGAAUCUAAUGUUCCGAAAGCACAUGGCAUUCAUUGUAACACUCAUGCGUUGAUAAAGUUAACUAUAACGAAUCAUUUUCAAAUAUGGCGACCAAAUUAUCAUAGCUGGCGUGAAUAUAAAAUUCUAAGAAUAAUUUACUCGGGACAAUUUUUAAAUUGUUAAGUUCAAAAAAUCAGUGUAUCAAGACAAAGAAUAAUUGAAAUUAUCAAAGUAUAUCACUCUAUUUUUACUACAGCUUACAAUUUUUAAUUAAAAGUAAUGUAAAGCUUAAUGAAAAUAUUUCAAAAUGAAAAAAAGCGUGUGACGUCUUUUGUUGAUUUAAAAAAGAUACAUUGAUUUUGGAAAAAAAAAGAUUGUAACCUUAUUAAAAAUCAGGCUUUGGACUCGAUAAUUAUAUUAAAAAAGUAGCAAAAAGUAGCGUUAAGACUGAAAAAAGUACUUGAAAAUGUAGCUAUCAAAAAAUUAAAUUUGA